AUGCCUUCUUUUUUGACCGUUUUCCUGGGUCUUGCCACACUGCUAUUCGGCAUCUUUGUGUCCAAAUCACCGUUCAUGAUGUCUGCAGAACCGGUUUCUGGAUCCAGACCAUGGGCCGACCAGCCCAUGAAGCUCGUGGCAACUCCACAGUACGAGACCAAGAAGACAGACCUCUUUAGCACAGGCGCAACACAUAUGGCACUGCUGCACAACUCGAUCUUCAGAGGUUACAACAGCAUCUACUUGCAAGCUCCACAUGUCCAGGAUGCGGACAAGGCCGACUUUAUCGGUUACGCCUUGACUUGGUUUAAGUUUGUCAAGUCGCACCACGAUGAUGAGGAGGAGUUUCUGUUCACCAAGAUCGAGGAGCUGCUCGACGACAAGACCGUCUUCGCAGAGACACACAAGGAGCACGAGUCUUUCCUCCCCGGGCUCGCCGAGUUCAACAAGUACCUCCUCUCCGUCCAGCCCGAGCCCAAGACCUUGGACGCGACCGAGCUCGUGCGCAUCAUGGACGGCUUCGCGGCCAACUUCGAGAACCACUUCCACUCCGAGAUCAAGACGAUCGCGAAUCUGGCCGAGCACUCCAACGCGCCCGCGCCCGACACGCCCCGCGCCACCGAAGCCUCCGCGACCUUCAAGAGCUGGGGUAAGAACACGGUCACCAAGGCAGGCACGACGGACGUGGUGCCCUUCUUCCUGCUGAACCUGGACCGUUCCACCCAGUUCGAGGAGGGCCAGUGGGCUAACUGGCCGCCGAUCCCCGCGCCUAUCAAGUGGGGGUUGAUCAACGUCGGUGGUUGGUUCUACGGCGGCUACUGGAAAUUCUCCAGCUGCGACGCCUCGGGCGCGAGGAGGGAGCUGUAUGCCCUGCAGGGCGACAAGGCCAAGUCGUAG